AUGGCUUCAAAUUUGAUAAUUGUAAUUGCACUCCUAUCAUUCUUUCUGCCAACUAUUAUAGCAAUAAGCUCAAAUAAUGCAGGUGGAAUUGCCAUCUACUGGGGUCAACGUGGAGAUGAGGGAACCUUGGAAGAAACUUGUGCGUCCGGGAACUAUGCAUUUGUGAACAUAGCUUUCCUAUCUGCAUUUGGGAACGGCACAAAUCCAGUUUUGAAUCUUGCUGGCCAUUGUGACGCCCACACCGGUCAAUGCACUGUUUUGAGUUCUGAUAUCAAGUCAUGUCAAGCCAAGAACAUCAAGGUCAUGCUUUCCAUUGGAGGAGCUACCUUCCAAAACUACACACUCACUUCAAGCGUGGAUGCAGGCCAGGUAGCAGCAUACUUGUGGAACAACUUCUUGGGUGGACAAUCUUCUUUGCGGCCGCUAGGGGAUGCUGUCCUGGAUGGAAUUGAUUUCGUUAUUGAGGGCGGGCAAUACCAUUACUGGGACGAUCUUGCCAAAAACCUCUCCAGUUACAACAACCAAAGCAAGAAAGUGUACCUAACUGCUGCACCACAAUGUCCUUUCCCUGAUACUUGUCUUGGAACUGCUCUCAGCACUGGCCUAUUUGACUAUGUUUGGGUUCAAUUCUAUAACAACCAUCAAUGUGAGUACAAUAAAGGAAAUAUAACCGGUCUUCAAGAUUAUUGGGGAAUUUGGACUUCAAAUAUCCAUGCAGAUAUGAUUUUCUUAGGGCUACCUGCUGCAAUUAAUGCUUCUAUUACCGGCUUUAUCCCUCCGGCAAAUCUAACUUCAGAAGUUCUUCCAAUAGUCAAGAAUUCAACUAAAUAUGGAGGAGUUAUGCUGUGGUCCAGAUAUUGGGAUAAACUCACAAACUACAGCUCUUUCAUCAAAAGUUAUGUUUGA